AUGGAGGAUGCGUAUGAUUACGAUAAUACAGACGUGUACGAACAAGAUCCCAUGAACACAGCCUUGACAAGAAUUUAUGAAAAACCCAUGGGGCCAAAUGGAGAACCAUUGGAGCAUGAACCGUUGGUUAGGGAAAGUCGUUUCAUGACCCGUAUGAUUGAUCGAUAUAUUAUAUUCAUGAACGACGUCAAGUUGACUUGA